UUACAAGUAAAUAGCAAAGUAUGGAGCUGGUGGCAGUUCAAGUUAAAUUAGGAAGUGAGAGAUUUCAACUAAAAGGAGUCAACAGUGUGUACUUCUGAUCUAGCUUGAGCGGAAGUCACAAAGAUGGUCACAUGCAUAGGAGAUCUACAUAUAUGGACACUGCGGAACCAAACCAUCAUUCCAGAUUCUCUCGUUGGAUGUCACACGUAUCAUGAUAAAGGGGAAAGUGUAUCACCUCUGGAGCAUCCUUACUAUGAGGAAAGGCAGCAGUACUCAGAGAGUCGAAACAUUACAUGGACUCCCAAAAACCGCCGCCCAGAGAAGCUGAGGGAAUCAUUAAAAGAGACUGAGGAAUACCUGGCUCAGUUCCGCUGUGUUCAGUUCCGCUGGUUGUUAUCUCAUCACCUACAGGUAGUGCUGAGCAAUGGUUGUUUGAUCACUUUCACUCUGUCAGGGGAGUCAGGGGAUGUGGAUAAGAUUCUGAUAGACAAGAGCCUGGUGGGCAAACUCAGCUCGGAUGUGGCGUCUGAUACGCUGGUCACAGACUUGUUUGUCCUCACUUCAUACCCAGACAAGCCAAAGGUUGACUUUGUUUACUUCAUGAAAAGACCAGCAGUUACUGAGAUUAACAGAAAGCUGGAAAAACUUGCCUCCUGGGAACCUAAGGUAGUACAGCUGGAAAUUCCUGGCCCCACAGGCAGACGACUCCAGAGAAAGCUCUCCUGCAAUACUCACCAGGACAGCGUGCUGAUCUGGUGGCCGACGUCAAGUGAGGAUGCCUGGCCAUGGGCUCCUAUCACUAGUGACAAGGAGAAAGGAAACAUGGUCGUCCUCUCAGUGAAUGGCCCACGUGCAGAAGUGCUGACAUAUACAAGAACAGAGUUUGAUCCUAUUUAUGCUACCUUCAGCUCAUUACAUUCCAAUCAAGUGUUGACUUUGGAAAAAACCCUGGGGUCUGGAGGGGAGGUGAAUGUAGGGGCAUGCAGCUAUGAGAUCAACAGGAGUAAGAUCCAGAGAACUGCUGUGACAACAAUACCCUUGAAGAGUGGAGUUGUGUGUCAAGGUAAAAACCCAUCAGAAGAAAAGCUGGUGUUAGGAUGUGAAGACGGAACCCUGGUGUUAUAUGACUCUCAAAGAAAGGUCACCCAGUACACUCACACAGCCCUGCAAACUCCAUCUGUAAUAGCCUGGCACCCAGGUGGGACCAUUUUCUUUGUAGCCAGUGAAAGGGGAGAGCUUCAGCUGUUUGACAUGGCAUUAUCUCCCCUGAUGUUCCAAUUGUUGACGGAGGACCCAUGUCCACGGAGAGUCAUCCAGCUGGGAACAUUUUUCAGAUCACCAGUGACUUUGACCCAUAUGCAGUGGUGUCCGUUCCGCACUGAAGUGAACAGUAAUUCUACUGACUCUCUUGUUCUUAGCUUUGAAAGAGGUCCUGUCUCUGUGUUACAAUUCAGUUUAGGGGUGCUGAGCCAGGAGAGGUUCUCAGCUGUGGAGUUGAUAAAGGAAUACAUCAAGCACAAACAAUUUGAUGAGGCUGUGAACCUGCUCUGCUGUCUGAACUGGGACACAGAUGGCGCCACCUGUUACUUCUCACUCUCCACCAUUAUGAACCACAUCCUGAGGAUGCCACUGAAUGCAGAUCGGGAAUCUCAACUAGAGGCCUCCCUGGGUAGUUUCUAUGCUCCAAAACAAGCCAUCUCGGAGCUGACAAUCCUGGAGUACAGAGACCCCAUUAGUCGACUUGCACGACGAUUCUUCCAUCACCUUCUCAGAUAUGCACGAUUUGAUAAAGCGUUUUUACUUGCUGUUGAUAUUGGCGCUCGGGAUCUGUUCAUGGAUCUGCACUACAUGGCCUUGGACAAGGGAGAGACUGCCUUAGCUGAGGUCUCCAGGCAGAAGGCAGAGCAAAUCGAGACUGGCUCCUUGGGCACAGAAUCCUUGGAUGGCUAUGACGAUGAAUAUGAUGAUGAACUAUCAUCAGGGGAGUUCACUGAUGAAGGCCCACAGCACCCAGACAGACGGGCGGUCAGUCAGCGAGGUGUCGGGUCUCACAUGUGGCCAGGUCACCCCGCUGGAGGUCAAGCCUGCCACCCUCCUCACAAACCCCCAGGGGCUGCUAUACAGGGGAGUCACUCCUCCCGACGGCAUCAGGUCAGGCACAGCACAGAGAGGACAGCCAGAAUCUCACCCGAUUACUUUCAUCAUGUUGAGGCUCAGUUGGCUGAUGACCUAAUUCAGGAUUACACAGCUGCCCUGUUUGAAGAUCACCCCUCAGCUAGUCAAGGAAGUCAAGAUGCAGCCAACCAAGAAGGUGGAGAUGAAACCCCCAGUUCUAUCAAAGUGGUGCACUUUGGACUAGUGUGAUCUGGCAUAUGGUCAAUAAGGUUUAGCAUUGCAUCCAUGGAAUGAGAUAGUAGCCAUGUACAGAAUUAUAUUAUGCUACCUCUGAUUAGGAUAGGUUCUUAAACUCAAGAAACACUUUUGAACUGUUAUUGAAAGUCAGUUAUGGUUGAAGCAUUCCGUCAGGUUAUAUAUGCACUGUUAAAUUUUCUAGAAUGACAGACAAGUUGAUUUAAUUUUUAACAUCUUUAUUUAUAAAUAAUUGAGUCUCCUCCAAGACAGACAUGGUUCUGCCGUCCAGUGUCCACGAAGAACUUUGUCUGCACUAUGUCUCAUGAACAGGUGGAUUGAUCUUCACUAAAUUUGGCUUGAAGCUUUGUGACAUGGUCUUUGAGAAUGUAUGACAAUGUGUUGUUUCAUUUGAAAUUUGAUGACAAUGUGUGGUUUCAUUUGAAUUUGAUGGUGUGGGUCUUGAGAACAGAUCAACAUUUGGCCUGUGCCAGUCCAGUUAUCUGCAUUUCGACAUUGAAGCAGUCAAGAAGUCCUGGGUUGAAUAAUAAACUUUGGGUGUUACAUUGGGUGUAAAAAUUGAUAAUUCAUUUGU